AUGGAAACAUCAGUCUUGCGCGACGCCAAGAGCCUCGGCAUUCCCGCCAUCUGGCUCCAACCUGGAAGCUUCGACGACGAGGUGCUUCGCGCCGCCCAGGAGGAGAAUGCUUUCAAGGCCGUGGUAGCCGGAGACGGCGGCCGGGGACACGAGGGCUGGUGUGUGCUUGUGGAUGGCGAGAAGGCGCUUAGGGGUGUAGGAAAGCUAUGA